AUGCCUCUCUCGAAUCGCCGCCGUGCGCGGCGCAAGGAACUCCAGCUGCAAGAGACCUCUGACGCUGAGGCGCCAGACUCGUCACCCAGUCGCCCCUCCGCAAAGAAGCGCAAGGUUGAGCGCCGUGCUUCUCCGUCGCGUGCCAAUGUUAAACCGCCCCGAUCCGACGAUGAGGACUCAGUUGGCGAGCACGACCAGUCCACCCACCAAGAUGUGCAAGAUCUGGUUAUCUCCUAUUUGAAUACGCCUCGUGAAGAGCUGCGCGUGAUGCGCGACCACUCCAACACCAAGACCGAAAAUGAGUCCAGCAUCCAAGCCUAUGCCAAGAUCGCCGGGCGCGACUGGACCUAUUACGUCAAGUCGCUCCAGAUCAACAUUGGCCGCGAGCCGGACCGCGAACAGAGACCCAAUGAGCAGUCAAGCCCGGUGACCGUCGCCGCUCGUUCACUCCCAGAUGUUCAUGUCGACCUGGGCCCCAGCAAAUUUGUUUCGCGCCUGCAUGCGGAGAUCUUCUAUGACGGCAAAGUUGCACCCGCCUGGCACAUCCGUGUCAACGGGCGUAAUGGCGUGCGCCUCAACAACUCAAUUCUUAAGCGUGGCGCUGAUGCUGUUCUUCGUUGCGGUGAUAUCAUUGAGGUUGCCAAUUGCCAGAUGAUGUUCGUCACCCCCGACGACGAGCCAAACAUCCACCCCAGCUUCAUCGAGCGCGCCCAGCGCAUUGCCAGUGGCCAAGAGCCGGACCCUUCUUCUUUGGCCUGGGAUGCGUCGCAGCAUGCCCAUCCUCACCACUCACAGGCUACAGAAGACGCGCGCCCAUCGUCUUCGGGUGGUCCAUCUUUGGCACCAGCACCAAGCUUCUUGAAGCGCGCUGUGACACCGCCGCCGCGCUCGCCCGAUACAGCGGGACAACGGACCGCCAAGCAGUCGCCUCUCUACAACCGUGGUAUGAUGAUGGAAAGUACCGAAGAGAUCGACUACAGCCAGGACAAUUCAAAAGAUCUGAAGCCGCCCUACAGCUAUGCCACGCUGAUUGCGCAGGCGAUUUUCUCCAGCGAGGAAGAGAAGCUCACUCUGAACAGCAUUUACAACUGGAUCAUGGAUCGAUAUGCGUUUUACCGACACUCGCAGAGCGGAUGGCAGAAUUCUAUUCGACACAAUCUGUCUCUGAACAAGGCUUUUCAGAAGGUCCCCCGUCGAACCGACGAGCCGGGCAAGGGCAUGAAGUGGCAGAUCGCUGCGGAGUAUCGCGAGGAAUACCGCAAGAAGCAGAUGCGCAAAGGAAAUCAAUCAUCUGCUCCCUCCUCGCCGGCUACGAAGGAGCCUCCGUCUUCAGCUCGCGGCACUCAUAUCGCGUCCAUUGACACAUCGUUCCCGGCCACGUCGAAGAAAUCUCCGCCUGUCUCAUCUCCGGGCUUUAGCUCAUUCCCCGUUGCCCCAGUGGAGGCUUUUACCCCGGAGCGUGGCUCUCGGGCUGGCCGUGGGGUUGGCUCCGACCACCCUCUGCGCCACAUGAAUCCCCUGACGUACGAGGAGCCAUCGCCUUUGCCGGCUCGCGCGCGUAACGCCAAUCCCACCCGAACGCAGACCAACGCGAGCAGUUCCCGGGAUGCCUACGGGUUGUCUGACGCCGCUGCUGGCUCUCCACCUGUGCUUUCGUCCUCGUAUUACGACGAUGGGCCUUCUUCCAUGAUUACGCCCGCGCCACAGCGUCACCAGCCUCGUCUUCCGCCUCCUAGCACUGCCCAGAUCCCGUCCAAGUUUAUGCCUAUGAGCUCCCCGGCCCAGUUCUGGAAAUUUGCGGAUAUCGGUAGCACUCCAGCACGCCCCGUCCCCGACAUGAGCCCACUCAAGGGUGAGCCAGAUGACCGGGUCAUUGCCGAGUUCCCUAGCAGCAGCCCACCUCCGCCCAAUCUUGUGAGCCCCAGCAAGCCGGGAACUUCAAACGGCCUGGGGUCUAGCCGCCAGCUGCCACCGCUCCAACCCGACAGUGGAGAUACGGGCGCCAAUAGACCCCGAAAGGAAGAGGAAGAUGAUGAAGAGGAUGGCAACGGUGGCUUUGACCUUGCUCGUGGUUUCCAACCUAUUGGCUCGUACCAUCGCCAGUUGAACAACGCUGCGCGGGCCACGGCCACCUAA